GACUGUUGUGGAGUUGUUUUGAUUGACUGCUGCCAGAGAAUCGGUCCUAUAUAAGCCCGAAAUCCGAUCUAUCAAACAGUUCAAAUCGAACAUUCGACCCAAGUCUUUGGAAUAUGAAGUUCAUUUUGGUUUUGGCUUGCCUGGCCCUUUAUGUGGCCUACACCUCUGCCCAGGACAACUGCAUUGGACGUCCCGUGUUCCAAGUAUGCACUGGCGGCAGGGAUGAAGGUCACAACCGCAGUAGGCGGUGUGCAGCAAGAUUCAUGCGAGAGAUGUGGUGGUAUAACACACGGGCCAGGGACUGCCAAAAGAUGAGAUAUCUGGGCUGUGGCGGCAACAACAACCGCUACUGUUCCCUCGACAGUUGUCGCAGGAAGUGCAGACGCCGAUCCUGAUGAUGAUGCUGAUCCUGUCCUGAUUCUUUUUCUGAUGAACGAUUCCGAUAUAAAAUAAAUACUACACUAUCCAGCGCAAAUCUAUUGGCCUUAUCGAUCGUGUCCCAUGCAUAUAAUUGUAUACACUGGUUUAAUUAUAA